AAAACAAAGUAGCUCAACCUCACUAACACACAAACUUUAAUUUGUGUGGCAUGACUCAUAGUAUAGGUGGCGUUGUAAAAAGUUGUCGCUCUUUCUUCUUCUCUCCUUAAACCCCCCCAAACACACAAAAACCACCGCAUCGUUAUCAUCGUCACUACUUCACCAUGCAAUCUCUUCAGUCUUCUCCUCCACCGUGUCUCCGCCCAUCUCCGCUAACCCCACUUCUCAAAUACCAUUCCAAAUCCAAAUCCCAUUUCCAUUUCCCCGCCUCUCGCAGCAGCCGCGGCCUCCGCCGCAGCGGCGCUUCCGUCAUUGUCAACGUCUCCGCCCCGAAGCGCGAGCACGACCCGAAGAAGCGGGUCGUGAUUACGGGCAUGGGUCUGGUCUCGGUGUUCGGGAACGAGGUCGAUGAGUACUACAACAGGUUGCUCUCUGGCGAGAGUGGGAUCGGCCCGAUUGAUCGGUUCGAUGCGUCCAAGUUUCCGACCCGGUUUGCCGGUCAGAUCCACGGGUUCAACUCCGAGGGUUACAUUGAUGGCAAGAAUGACCGCCGCCUCGAUGAUUGCCUCCGGUACUGCAUUGUCGCCGGCAAAAAGGCCCUCGUCGACGCCGAUCUCGGCGGCGAUAAGCUCUCCAAGAUUGAUAAGGAACGGGCCGGUGUGCUAGUGGGAACAGGGAUGGGUGGUCUUACAGUCUUUUCAGACGGAGUUCAGGCUUUAAUAGAGAAAGGUCACAGGAAAAUAACACCUUUUUUCAUUCCCUAUGCUAUAACCAAUAUGGGGUCUGCAUUGCUAGCAAUUGAUCUUGGCUUCAUGGGUCCAAAUUAUUCAAUUUCAACGGCUUGUGCUACCUCUAAUUAUUGCUUCUAUGCUGCUGCAAAUCACAUUCGCCGGGGUGAGGCUGAUCUGAUGGUUGCAGGUGGGACUGAAGCUGCUGUUAUUCCCAUUGGAUUGGGGGGUUUUGUUGCAUGCAGGGCCUUAUCUCAGAGGAACGAUGAUCCAAAAACUGCUUCAAGGCCAUGGGAUAAAGGUAGAGAUGGAUUUGUUAUGGGUGAAGGUGCUGGAGUAUUGAUAAUGGAGAGCUUGGAGCAUGCGAUGAAACGAGGGGCACCUAUCAUAGCUGAGUAUUUAGGAGGUGCUGUUAACUGUGAUGCUUAUCAUAUGACUGAUCCAAGAGCAGAUGGACUUGGUGUGUCUUCAUGCAUUCAAAGCAGCCUUGAAGAUGCUGGUGUGUCACCUGAGGAGGUUAAUUACAUAAAUGCGCAUGCAACUUCUACUCUUGCUGGUGACGUGGCUGAGAUAAAUGCCAUAAAAAAGGUUUUCAAGGACACUUCAGGGAUCAAAAUUAAUGCAACUAAGUCAAUGAUUGGGCAUUGCCUUGGUGCUGCUGGGGGUUUGGAAGCCAUCGCCACUGUGAAAGCCAUAAAUACAGGAUGGCUGCAUCCUAGUAUAAAUCAAUUUAAUCCAGAGCCUUCAGUUGACUUUGACACAGUUGCAAAUACAAAGCAGCAGCAUGAAGUGAAUGUUGCUAUUUCGAAUUCAUUUGGAUUUGGUGGACACAACUCUGUCGUGGCCUUUUCUGCAUUCAAACCUUGAUCAUUCAGUCAUUUUGGAUUUCUUUUGGGAGAUGAGCCGUGCUUAUUCGAGAUUUUGGUUAAAUUUUGAUAUUGCGGCUGCUUCUUUUUCUAAGUUUCUGGAGUUGCUGCAUACUUGUCAAGCCACAUUUAGUUUGUUAAUUUCUGUGAUAAUUUAGAUUUGAAUUUAAGCUCGAGGAUUUCCAGACGUCUUUACCAAAGAACUAUCCAAUCUAUUGCGCUAGUGGUGUAUAAGAAUUUAUUCAAUUUUAAUUUAUUUUGUGGAUAGAAAAAAGUGCCAAAGGCGUUUUUCUUUAAUUGGAAUGUAGAUCGAUACAGAUUCAUAAAAAUCAGGCUGAGGGGGUUUUAGUUC